UCGCAAUGUUGCUGCGAAUAGUCCUCUUAUAUUUGAGUUUGUCACCGGGAAAAGUCGCUGAAUCCUCGGUGACGCCGUUGCGUUAUAAUCUGACGAUCCUCACGCACCUGGGGAACGGUGUCCAGAAGGAAUAUGAGGGAAUCGUUUCCAUCGACAUAAAAGCGAUGAAAGCCUCGAAAUAUAUUUAUCUUAACGCCCGCGACCUAAACAUGUACUUGGAGAAAACAUAUGUGACGCGAUGGGUUACCGGUCAUUAUAUCAAUGCAGUCGAGAUAAAGAAAACUCCGAAUAAAUCCGGCGAAAUUCAAGUAAUUCUCAGACUACCUCUGAGAAUCGGAGAGACAUACACGCUGUACAUGUUCUUUACUGGCGGUUUAACUAGGCCGAAGAAGUUCGGCUACUUUUCGGGAAAUUACGAAAGAACGCCGCAAAUCUUUUAUGCACUAACGCGCUUCGAGCCGGACUACGCACACACCGUGUUUCCCUGCUUCGAUAGCCCACUCUACAGGACACCUUUCAACCUAACCAUGGUGCACCACAAGCAAUAUACUGCACUCAGCAAUAUGCCCGCCACAGGACAGACACCGCACGAUGAGAUUGACGACUAUGUGUGGACGACCUUCAUGGGAACACCGCCGCUGGCUACCUACCAGGUCAUGUGGGCUCUGCACCGCCUUGACAAAGUUUCCAGUAGCCUCACCAAAACGGGAGAGAACGUCACCGUUUGGGCGCGUUGGCAAUUGAAGGAAAAGCUGGCCAAUGUAGCGAAUAUGACGCCCGAGCUGCUCACCAACUACGAGACUUUGUUCGCCCAGCCAUUGCCAAGUGGACCGGAUUGGGGUGGCAAGUUCGAUCAACUGGUUAUUCCGGGCUAUGCCAAAGUGUAUAGUGGCAAAGGUCUCAUGGUGCUGGGAGAGGAUGAAGUGGAUCCCAACGAGACGACGCUCGUUAGUCUCAAGGAAUUGCUGGCGGAGCAGUUGGCCAGCCAGUGGAACGGACUACUGGUGAGCGCAUCCGACUGGGAUGGAGGAUACGUGCGCGACGGCAUCAACAAAUAUCUGGCAUUGCAGGCGCUGGCCAUGCCGAACAAGGGGGAGUAUAACAAGACCCACCUGCUGACCACCCGCCUGGAUGUCUUGAGCUAUGAUUCGCUGCUCGAAUCGAAGGCCAUUGCAGUCGAUGCGAGGGAAAACGGACACGAUAAGUUUCGCAAGCACAAGAUGUGCCUGAUCACGCACAUGAUAAGAUUGGCCAUCGGCGAUAAGGGGUUCUUUGAGGGAUUGCAGGAAUUCGUCCAGCGGUACGCCAAUUCCUCCGCUUCAAUCAAGCAGCUUUGGGAGGAUUUGCAACGAGCGGCACGCCGAACUCACCAGCUGCCCGUCGGCGUGGCCUUGACCACUGUCAUGGAGUCGUGGCUUAGGCAACCAGGAUACCCUGCACUCUCCGUUCUGCGCGACGACAAGACUCACAAGGUGACCGUAACGCAGAGCCGCUACUUUCAGAGAAAAAUGACCAUCGCAUCGAAAGACUGCUGGUGGCUGCCGGUGAUCUAUAUCUCCAAGAAGGUAUCGCUUGCUCAGGUGGAGUGGCUUGGCUGUCAGAAUAAGAAAGCGGAAAUCUUGACUCUAAACAACGUCGUUGAACCGCAGGAGUGGCUGCUGUUUAAUGUGGAUGCCGCAGCACCUCUUCGUGUUCUCUACGAUCUUUCUAACUGGCGGCUGAUUACUGAGGCACUGCUGCAGAACUUCACCCAGAUCCCGGAGCUCAGCCGAGCCCAGUUGGUGGAUGAUGCCCUCAACCUCGCCUGGUCGGGUCAACUACCCUAUAGCGUUGCCCUAAGCGUUGUCAAGUAUCUUCCAAAUGAGACCAGCAUUGCUGUUUGGCAAACGGCUCUUACUAAUUUAGAAAAGUUGCAGGAUGUCAUGAGAAUAACUACAGGAUAUAGGAUAUUUAAGCUCUUCAUGCGCAAACUCAUUGAGCCUUCGUUUAAGGAAACGUUAAAAAAGUUUGCAACGACAGCCAGGACAAGUCCUUAUAUUCCGACACCGCUACCGAAACUAUCCGUGCCGACGAUCCUGUACCGGCUGGCGUGUCAGUUCGAAAUCAAUGAAUGCCUGACGGAUGCACAGAAGCGAUUUGCGACGGCGAUGGAACAGAAAAACAUAUCCUCCAUACCGGUGGAAUUGCAAGAAACCGUACUGUGCAAGGGCAUCCGCAACGGAUUGGAAGAUCACUGGCAAAUAGUGCGUGAUAUGUUCCUCAAUGCCACUGAAAUUAAGGAGAAGGGAAUCCUCCUUAACUCACUCACCUGCACUACGGAGUAUUGGGCGAUGCAAAAGUUGCUCAAUUGGGCCUUCGACGACGAAAAGGUGCCAAAAGCGCUGACAGUUGAUCUCUUUACCGCCGUUAUGCACACCUACCUGGGUUUCUAUGUGGGCAAUCAGUUUCUGUUCGACAACUUGGGGGAAGUCCUGCGACGCUACACUGCCAACGAGGUCAAGGCGAUCCUGAAUCCCUUUAUUAAAGCAGUGACCACCAAGGAGGAGCUGGCGUCGCUACAAGACCUUUUCAAAAAGACAAUGACAUCAUCGAUGACCUCCGGUAUUAAUUCCAUGCUGGAGCCUGCGUCUGACAGGGUGAAUUGGCGGAAGUAUAACUAUUUUGAUUUCCUUAAUGCCAUUCGAAAUAUUACUUUAAAAAAAGAAGUCUCUUCUUUAUGGAAUUCAGCUUAAA